CUCGGUCACAUGACUCCUCCGCUCAGCCUUCCAGCUGCAGGCGGAUCAGAAAACGGUCCGAACCUCCUUCAGCUCCCGCUGCUCCUGGUUCUCCUGCUGCUUCGCAGGCUGUCUGCUGACUGCCGGGUCUUGAGCCUCCCACCGGGUCCUGGCCUGAGCCGAAGGGGCCCCCGGUAGAAGCAUCGCCGGAGGGUAGCGCUCUAACUUCCUGUUCCUGUACAGGCAGCGUCUGAUUGGCUGAGACCAUCCGGGGCUUCGUCUCUGGCCUCCUGAGAGAGAGAGACAUGCCGUCCAACAGAAGCGUGUCUGAUGCUCCGAUCCGCCGUUUCGUCAACUGCAGAAUCCUGAGAGGACACGCGCUGCAGAGAGAGGACCUGUGGGUGCGUGAAGGGAAGAUACUAGAUCCAGAGAAGUUGUUCUUCGAUGAACAGGGCUACGCCGACCAGCUGGUGGACUGCGAGGACAGCAUCAUCGCACCGGGAUUCAUUGACGUCCAGAUCAACGGAGGCUAUGGCGUGGACUUCUCUCAGCCCUCUGAUGACGUCUCUGCUGGAGUGUCCCUGGUGGCCAAGAAGGUCCUGGAGCACGGCGUGACCUCCUUCUGUCCCACCCUGGUGACGUCGCCGUCUGCCGUCUACCAUAAGGUUCUGCCUCAGGUUCAGGUUCACGAUGGAGGACAAAAUGGAGCUGGAGUUCUGGGGUUCCACCUGGAGGGUCCGUUCAUCAGCGCUGAGAAGAAAGGAGCCCACCCGGAGCGGUACCUGCGGACCUUUGGUUCUGGAGGGAUGGAGGACCUGAUGGAGGCCUACGGCAGCCUAGAGAAUGUCGCCAUGGUGACGCUGGCUCCAGAGCUGCCCAACAGCCAAUCAGUGGUCAGGAAGCUUCACCAGCAGGGCGUGACUGUGUCUUUAGGUCAUUCGGUGGCCAACCUGUCGCAGGCUGAGGACGCCGUCCAGAAUGGAGCCUCCUUCAUCACGCAUCUCUUCAACGCCAUGUUGCCUUUCCACCACCGUGACCCGGGCAUCGUGGGACUCCUGACCAGCGACCGCAUCCCAGCAGGAAGGACGGUGUUCUACGGGAUGAUCUCAGACGGGAUCCACACCAACCCGGCCGCCCUGCGGAUCGCCCACAGAGCGCAUCCAUCAGGGUUGGUGUUGGUGACGGACGCCAUCACAGCCAUGGGUCUUCCUCCAGGCCGCCACACUCUGGGCCAGCAGGUCAUCGAGAUCCAGGGUCUCCAUGCCUAUGUAGCAGGCACUAAGACGCUCAGCGGCAGCAUAGCCACCAUGGAUAUGUGUGUGCGGCACUUCAGACAGGCUUCAGGCUGCAGUGUGGAAGAAGCUCUGGAAGCUGCCUCCCUCCACCCAGCUCAGCUGCUGGGCAUCAGCCACAGGAAGGGGAACUUGGACUAUGGCGCCGAUGCAGAUCUGGUUCUGCUGGAUGAUGCGCUGAAUGUCAGAGCCACGUUCAUCUCAGGAGAGGAGGUCUGGAAAAGAGACGCAUAGAAGAACCUCGGUGCCUUCGGAUUCUUUGUUGUUUGCUUCUUAGAGUUUUGGUCUGGAACCAGAUCAGCCUCACUGAGGUUCUGUUCAUGUAGCUCUGUUCUGGUGGUAAAAUGAGUCCACUGACAUAAACUUCAUCAUAUCCUGGAUUAUUGGAGCUCUGAGGAUGAGAGGGAACUUCCCUGAAGGACCAACGGCUGCCAGGAAAUCAGCAGCGGAAUCCUUCCCAUCCUCCCCAUCGCUGAAGCUCGUCAGCAAGGAGCUGCUGGAAGAUCUUCAGGUCCUCAGGAACGGCAGCCUGAAAGCAUUAAGAAAGAGGGAAUCUGACUUCAACAACAAAAAGGAGGAUCCAGGAGGAGGAAAAUGGCACCAAGAGAUGAACAGAACUCCAGAAUGAAAAGCGCUCCUAAUCAGAAACUAAGACGAGCCGACAGCACCGAGCAAAGACUAGAACAUGAGCUAAUGCUGAAGAAAGGACCCAACAGAACCACCUCAGGAACCCAGCCUAGUGGAACCUCCAGGGGUCCAACAGAACCAAUAAAAGGCUCCAGUUCAUCUCACCCAGUUUGAUUCCCAUUUUAAGCCAAACUGCCAACAGCUGGAUUUCAGUUUUUAACCCAGAGUUUAGUUCUGUGUCCAGAGCUUCCGCUCAUUCAGACCCAGUUUGUUUUGGACGGUUUGAAAUCUGGAACUGUUUUAAUAAAUGUUCUUUAAUCAAUGA